AUGCAAAAUAUGUAAAUUGGAAAAGGUUCUUCCAUUUCAGCAACUUAAGGAGCUAGAAUAGAAGCAAUUCGAGCUGCAAGAUUCCAAAUGCCCAUGCAAGUAGCUGCAUACUAUGUUGGAAAUAAUGUGACUGAAAAAUAAACCAGACUAAAGGCUGCUGCUAUACCAAAUCUAGAUACCAAAAUCAUGAUUGGUACAAAAUGUUCCGCUCUGUUCUUUAGAAACAAGUACAAAAUUGAUCCAAUGAUAGAAAUGGUAAAAGAAAUAAAGAAUGAUUUUCGAAAGCCAAGGAAUUUAAACAUUGCUCCUGUAAAGAUAUAAGAUAAUAUUUCACUUAUUGAAGCAAAAAUUGUGUUAGUGUAUAUAUCUCCUUUUAUGUAUUUCAUCUAAAAGUUUACCAAAUAAAAAUUGAAUGACGAUGCUAUCCAAAGAAAGCAUAAAAUCAGGAGAUUAGUUGCAUUCUUCUUAUUUUUCAAAAGCAUUUUCAUUGAUUAAUCAAGAUGA